AUGGGCCAAUUACCAGGUCAGUGUGGGUAUUAUACCGGUGCCUAUUCAACGGAUUUAUCCAACUCUACCUCACGCCAAAGCUAUUACAGCGACACUCCAAUUCCAGCACAAACUGCACCUACAUCAAUACCGGAACCUCCAAGGGAAGCGGAGGAUAAUCAAAAUGAAAUUUCUGAAAUAUUACGUUACGUUCAAGAACAAGAAGAAUAA